CUUCUGGAAGCUGGAUGUGAUGUGAAUAUUCGGGAUAAUACAGGCAGCACCGCCCUUCACUAUUGUUUCUUGGGAUCGGUGGAAGCGAACAUCGUAUUACUGAAGAUGCUUUUGGAACUGGGUGCCAAUCCAAACAUGAAAGACUUUUCAGGAACAACUUCGAUGCAUCUUGCUCUCGUUUGCGGAAAUAAAGACAUCUUCCAAACGAUGGUCAGCCAUAAUGGCGAUUUAUCGGAGCUCAAGGCU